GCGCUGGGGGAGGAGGGAUGGGAAGGGGAGGCAGAUCCCCAGGGAGAGAAGCAGCAGCCAGAGUUGGGUGCUUUGUUGUCUGGUCCCUCAAGUGUCCUGAGGGCUGAGCCUGUCUGACCGGCCGCCCUCCCUCCUCGGGCUCUCUGUCUCCCCAGCUAAACCAUGGCGAGCAGCGCUGGCCUGGGCGAAGGUGGACGCGCCUGGUGGACACGGCCCGAGCACUUCCGCAAGCCGCUGGUCUUCUACGUGGACGUGGAGCAGGAGGAGCUCGUGUUCGGCCCAAGGGAUGCGCACGGGGAGGGCCAGCUUCGGCGCCUGGAGGAGCACAGCCACACGCUGAUCCAGCUGGAGGCCUGGGCAACAGCAGACGGCCACACCCGCGUGAGCGUGGUGGGGCCGGCAGGGGCGCGGCGCUGGCUGCUGGAGUUGGUGCGCAGCCUGGGCAGCGGGGAGCCGGGGGCCCGAACCCGCGGCCUUGCCCUGCUGCAGCUGGUGCGCAGCCGCCCGCUCCACCCAGGCGACCUGACUGCUGCAGCCUGGGAGCAGCCCCUGCACGCCCACCUGGCCCUGCCCAUCGUCCUCAGGGUGCCCUGCAGCCUGAGGCUGCCCGUGCUCUUCCCCCUCCUGUGGAUCAGCCUCUCUGCCUUCUGGGGCUCCUUGCACCUGUGAGCAGGGCCCGACUGCCCUGGGGUCCACUGGGCGCCCCGCGAGACACAGGCACCCAGUGGGAGCUGGCCAUGCGGCAUGGGCCCAGAUCCUCCGCCUCACACCUGUGGGCCCGACUGUGCUAAGAGACGUCUGCCCGCAGGAGAACCUCCUGCUGCCCGCCAUGACACCAGCUACUGACUGUGGCCUGGGAGCCCUGAGGUGCGGCCUGAGCCCUAAAGCAAGCUGGAGGCCUGCCUGAGGGCCCAGGGGACCUGGUCCCCACACUGAGCAAGUGUUUACUGCAGUGGGGUGGAGCGGUGAAGAUGCUUGAGGGGUUCUCUGUGUGUACCAAGACCUGCCAGUGAGGGUCCUCACCUUGUGUUGGCAUUGCAGAUUAUGUAACCUGCAAGUUAGAACCAGGAAAUGGAAUAACACUGUGUUGGGGAUGUCCAUCUGUGCCUGGCUCUGCCCUCAAUCUGCAGUCCUGAGAGACAAUUCAAGAAAUAAAUGGUCUAAUUCACUCCCA